AUGGAAGAUCGACCUUCCAACGACGACAUCGUCCUCUCUCUGAAAAACCAGCCCACGUCGACCAACCGGUCCUCACGGAAGAAGUCGGUGGCGCUGAAGCAGCUCAAGAGGGAGCUGGAAGUCAACAUGAAGCUGCGACGACCUCAAACCUCCUCUACAGAUGCAUCUGCAACAUAUGAAACAUCUACGCAGGGGAUGGAGGAGAAGGGGGGGGGGGGGGGGCGGGGGGGGGCUGGUGCUGCAGAUCCCCUCCCCCUCACUGCUGCACCCGCAGCAGGGGAAGAGGGCAGCAGGGCGCACGGGGCGCACAGGGCAGCAGGGCGCACAGGGCAGCAGGGCAGCAGGGCGCGCGGGGCGCACAGGGCUGCAGGGCGCGCGGGGCGCACAGGGCAGCAGGGCACCAGGGCGCGCGGGGCGCAGCAGGGCUGCAGGGCGCGCGGGGCGCGCAGGGCAGCAGCAAGGGCUGUAGCGGCAACAGCAAGGGCUGUAGCGGCAGCAGCAGGGCAGCAGGGCGCACAGGGCUGCAGGGCAGCAGGGCGCACAGGGCUGCAGGGCAGCAGGGCGCGCGGGGCGCGCAGGGCUGCAGUGCGCGCAGGGCGCGCAGGGCAGCAGGGCGCGCGGGGCGCGCAGGGCUGCAGUGCGCGCAGGGCGCACAGGGAAGCAGGACAGCAGUGCGCGCAGGGCUGCAGGGCGCGCGGGGCGCACAGGGCAGCAGGGCAGCAGGGCGCGUGGGGCGCAGCAGGGCUGCAGGGCGCGCGGGGCGCGCAGGGCAGCAGCAAGGGCUGUAGCGGCAACAGCAAGGGCUGUAGCGGCAGCAGCAGGGCAGCAGGGCGCACAGGGCUGCAGGGCAGCAGGGCGCACAGGGCUGCAGGGCAGCAGGGCGCGCGGGGCGCGCAGGGCGCGCAGGGCAGCAGGACAGCAGGGCGUGCAGGGCGCGCAGGGCUGCAGGGCGCACGGGGCGCAGCAGGGCUGCAGGGCGCGCGGGGCGCGCAGGGCAGUAGCAAGGGCUGUAGCGGCAACAGCAAGGGCUGUAGCGGCAGCAGCAGGGCAGCAGGGCGCAGAGGGCUGCGGGGCAGCAGGGCGCACAGGGCUGCAGGGCAGCAGGGCGCGCGGGGCGCGCAGGGCUGCAGGGCGCGCGGGGCGCACAGGGCUGCAGGGCGCGCGGGGCGCACAGGGCAGCAGUGCAGCAGGGCGCACAGGGCUGCAGGGCAGCAGGGCGCGCGGGGCAAACAGGGCAGCAGGGCGCACAGGGCAGCAGGGCAGCAGGGCGCACAGGGCUGCAGGGCAGCAGGGCGCGCGGGGCGCGCAGGGCUGCAGUGCGCGCAGGGCGCGCAGGGCAGCAGGCAGGACAGCAGGGCGCGCAGGGCUGCAGGGCGCGCGGGGCGCACAGGGCAGCAGGGCAGCAGGGCGCGCGGGGCGCAGCAGGGCUGCAGGGCGCGCGGGGCGCGCAGGGCAGCAGCAAGGGCUGUAGCGGCAACAGCAAGGGCUGUAGCGGCAGCAGCAGGGCAGCAGGGCGCACAGGGCUGCAGGGCAGCAGGGCGCACAGGGCUGCAGGGCAGCAGGGCGCGCGGGGCGCGCAGGGCUGCAGGCGCACGGGGCGCAGCAGGGCUGCAGGGCGUGCGGGGCGCGCAGGGCAGUAGCAAGGGCUGUAGCGGCAACAGCAAGGGCUGUAGCGGCAGCAGCAGGGCAGCAGGGCGCACAGGGCUGCAGGGCAGCAGGGCGCACAGGGCUGCAGGGCAGCAGGGCGCGCGGGGCGCGCAGGGCUGCAGUGCGCGCAGGGCGCGCAGGGCAGCAGGGCGCGCGGGGCGCGCAGGGCUGCAAUGCGCGCAGGGCGCACAGGGCAGCAGGACAGCAGGGCGCGCAGGGCUGCAGGGCGCGCGGGGCACUGCAGGGCUGCAGGGCGCGCGGGGCGCGCAGGGCAGCAGCAAGGGCUGUAGCGGCAACAGCAAGGGCUGUAGCGGCAGCAGCAGGGCAGCAGGGCGCACAGGGCUGCAGGGCAGCAGGGCGCACAGGGCUGCAGGGCAGCAGGGUGCGCGGGGCGCGCAGGGCGCGCAGGGCAGCAGGACAGCAGGGCGCGCAGGGCUGCAGGGCGCACGGGGCGCAGCAGGGCUGCAGGGCGCGCGGGGCGCGCAGGGCAGUAGCAAGGGCUGUAGCGGCAACAGCAAGGGCUGUAGCGGCAGCAGCAGGGCAGCAGGGCGCAGAGGGCUGCGGGGCAGCAGGGCGCACAGGGCUGCAGGGCAGCAGGGCGCGCGGGGCGCGCAGGGCUGCAGGGCGCGCGGGGCGCACAGGGCUGCAGGGCGCGCGGGGCGCACAGGGCAGCAGGGCAGCAGGGCGCACAGGGCUGCAGGGCAGCAGGGCGCGCGGGGCAAACAGGGCAGCAGGGCGCACAGGGCUGCAGGGCAGCAGGGCGCACAGGGCUGCAGGGCAGCAGGGCGCGCGGGGCGCGCAGGGCUGCAGUGCGCGCAGGGCGCGCAGGGCAGCAGGCAGGACAGCAGGGCGCGCAGGGCUGCAGGGCGCGCGGGGCGCACAGGGCAGCAGGGCAGCAGGGCGCGCGGGGCGCAGCAGGGCUGCAGGGCGCGCGGGGCGCGCAGGGCAGUAGCAAGGGCUGUAGCAGCAACAGGCUGUAGCGGCAGCAGCAGGGCAGCAGGGCGCACAGGGCUGCAGGGCUGCAGGGCAGCAGGGUGCGCGGGGUGCGCAGGGCUGCAGGGCGCGCGGGGCGCACAGGGCUGGAGGGCGCGCGGGGCGCACAGGGCUGCAUGGAAGCAGGGCGCGUGGGGCGCGCAGGGCUGCAGUGCGCGCAGGGCGCGCAGGGCAGCAGGCAGGACAGCAGGGCGCGCAGGGCUGGAGGGCAGCACAGGGCUGCAGAUCCCCUCCCCCCCACCGCUGCACCCGCAGCAGGGGGAUGGAGGAGAAGUGGGGGGGGGGGGGGGGGGGGGGGCUGAUGCUGCAACUCCCCUCCCCCCCACUGCUGCUGCAGAUCCCCUCCCCCCACUGCUGCACCCGCAGCAGGGUGGAGGAGAAAGGGGGGGGGGGGGGGGGCGGGGGGGGCUGGUGCUGCAGAUCCCCUCCUGCCUCCCUCUGAACCUCCAAGCUCCCCCCCCCUCCCAACACAGGGUGCGGCAGGGAGAGAGAGAGGAGAAAAGGGGGGGGGGGGGGGGCUGA